UUCUUACUGGCAAAAAUCACAGGAAGGCAUGCUACAGAAGCUCCAUGCAGAGGAGAAAGUGAUAGUUGGUGGUGAUAUGAGGGCUGACUCCCCAGGCCACUCUGCAAAGUUCGGAAGCUACACUAUGAUGGACCUGAAGAACAACAAAGUCGUUGACCUCCAGUUGGUUCAGAGCAAUGAGGUUGGUGGAAGCUACCACAUGGAGUUAGAGGGCCUGAAAAGGAGUCUGGAGUUGUUAAAGGAACGUGGUGUGACUCUGGACUGUAUUGUCACGGACAGACAUCUGCAAAUUCAGAAAUUCCUAAGGGAAAGCAGCAUCACCCAAUUCUUUGAUGUGUGGCACAUAGAAAAAGGGAUUUCUAAGCAACUGGAGAAGGCUGCAAAAAAGAAGGACUGCGAAAAACUUCGAGGGUGGGUGAAGAGUAUAAGAAACCACAUAUACUGGACUGCAGCAACCUCCACCACCGGGCCUGAGAGAGUGGCCAAAUGGACUUCCAUCCUGAACCACGUGCAGGAUAUCCACUCUCAUGAUGACCCCCUGUUCCCCAAGUGCCUUCAUCCACUGCGCAUUGCGCAAUACCAAUGGAUGGCUGCAGGCUACGUGGCCAACUUGAUGGACCUCAUCUUCGACCAAGUCUUUGUGGACCCUGCACCAUUCACACAGGAGCUUCUGAAGAUACCCAUCCCAGAGGACCUGUGUUCCCAAUAUGAGCGACCUGACAGGGAGGAGGUCAUCUCCGGGUAUGCUACUCGGUUCAAUUUGGCUGCUGUCUGAACCCAACAUAGAUAUUUCGCGGAUCGGGAAACUCUCUGCGAAUCCUGAGGACAACGCAGGCCGGAAUCACCACUCUGAUCCUGCGUCCAAGGAAGCCCCAGCACCAGCUCACAAAGCUUCUGUAGGCUAGAUACCUGUGACGCCUGAAAUCAUUAAAAAAUAUAUUUAGU